AUGUUCUUGUUGACAGUUUCAGCAGUUUCAGGAGUUUCAGCCGCCAAGGAAGGCAAUUCACUGAAUGUGGAUGAUUUUUUUCAACCCAAGUGGUGGGUUCCCGAAGUCGAGGGAGUAUCUGUUGGCGACUACCAGUUUCUUCAAGUCCUUGGCGAAGGAACACAUGGCAAAGUCUACAAGGUGGCAGAUCAAAUUUGCGGUGGCUUCAAUGCCGUGAAGGUCAUCAGGAAGAAUCGCUUGAAAAGCGCGGAUGAGAUCUAUGGCAUCGCCGGGGAGUGCAAUACCUUAGCUUGGCUGCAGCAUCCCAACAUCAUCCAGUUGCGAGGAGCGGUGCAUGCUUCGCAGAACUACUAUGUCUUCAUGGAGUUUGCCGGCAGUGUCUCCCUUCAUAAUGUGCUACGAGCGAGGGGCAGCCAAGUGGGACUCGAUCGGAAUAUGGCUCACCAAGUCUUCAAUCAGAUCGCUGAUGCAGUGGCAUACUGUCAUUCUCAUGGACUCGCCCAUUGUGAUCUGAAACCGCAGAAUAUUGUGCUCAAUGAUGACGGAAUACCAAAGAUCGUAGAUUUCGGGUUGGCAUUGAAGAUUGGUUGGCCGGUAGGCAACCCCCGUGGCACCUGGCCCUUCACGGCUCCUGAAGCCGCGUGGCCCUGUGGAAGACCCUGGGACUUGGCCAAGGCGGACGUUUUCUCAUUGGCGGCAGUCCUAAUUGAGAUGCUUUGCGGCACUGACAAGCUGUUCCGGAUGUUCGGCUGGAUGGUAGAGACGCCUCUCAAUUUGCUACGGGUGCAAGAGAUGGUGGCCUUUCUGGCCACCCCUGGGGCGGUGGCCAUGAGUUUGGCGACGGACAUCGGAAGUCCUGGCAACGUGGCUUCCAUGAUCACAGGUCGUGAGAAAGGUCAGCUCAUGCAGCAACAUGUCAUUCUGCGGUCCAGACCUCCAAAUCUGCACCGCUCCCGUGCCGUCGACAAACGGAGCCCCUUUUUGGGUCGGAUGAUCCACAGGGAUUCGAUUCGUACAGCGCCCGACACCGCACUGGCCGCUGAUCAACUGAAGAAAGCCCAAGAGAAGACCAAGAAGCUUAAGACUGCGCAAGAGGAGGUGGAGCAAUCGAAGCGAUGGGCCGAGAAUGCGGUCAACGACCUCAAGGUGCAAAGUCGCUUCAUCGAGGGCGAGGUGAAGCUUCUAAAAGAGGCCAAAACCAGCAGCAAAGAAGAGCUGGACGCAGAGGAGAAGCGAGUGAAGGAUGAGGUGAAGAACCAUGAGGCUACGACGGACGUGAUGAGCAAGAGCCAACAGGUGCUGGUGACUCAGUGCGAGUUGUCAGAUGACCUGUCCAGCAAUUGCGCGGAAGCCAACGCUGCGUUGCGCCGCGCCACCAAUGGGCUCAAAGAGUUGGACAAGGCGGCGAUCGACAAGACGCUGAGUGCCCAGGAGGGAAGUCUUUUCCAAACCAAGGCUGAUCUCAACAGGAUGUCCAUGGCCUGGUGGCCUGAAAAUGAUGAGCUAUGCCGGCGGAAGGAUGAACUCGCACAGCUCAAUGCAGAUGUGGUGACGGCAAAAGAGAAUGCCAUCCUGGCCAGCAAGGUUUCCACACGAUCUUUCCCGCGGGAUGAUCCCAUGAAGUUUGCCGUGCGGAGUGGCGGUUACUGGAUCAACGGGAGCAAGGAGCUGAUCGCUACGCGUAAGGAGCAGAUCGAGCAGUUGAAGAAUGUCAACGAUAUUCCUUUGCACUGUUUGUUGCUGCGUUUGUCAUUUGACGGGGUGCUAAAGCCGCUGAUUACGCCAGAAACUGCCUGGGAUACCCGGUCCGAGUCCAUCCUACGGCCAUUUUUCUGGGCCUUAAGCUACGGAGCUGGUGCAGAGGUCUUGCGUGCGUUGCUGGACGCUUAUCCGGCAGCAGCAGAGGAAAAACAUCCGGAGGGUUGGACCCCGCUGCACUAUGUGGAGAAGUUGGAUGCAGCAGCGGUGAAACUGUUGCUGGCGCGAUGUCCGAAGUCUGCCCCAAAGGAAGCGGACAACGAGGGCGCGUUACCUUUGCACUGGGCUGCUGAGCACGAUGCCUCGAAAGAAGUCGUGCAACUGUUGCUUGAGGCGGAAAAGAAAUGGCCCAGAACUGGGGCCCAGUUUCGGGGGUUGCUGGCCCCGAAAAUGCCAAAACACUUGACGGAAGGUGCAAAAAGCCAUCUGGCCUGCAGAGUGAUCGGUGGCAUUGAUGGCGAGAGCUUCGAAAAUGAGGGCUGCAUGAUGCGAGAGUUGAAACGCCGAGCUGUUGAGCAGGAGGAAGUCGCACAGAUGGCAGGAUUGGCUCUCUCUCCACAGCUUCAGAAACUGCAGACUUCCAACGACUUUGUGAAGUUCGCUGACAAACACGGCGCAGAUGUGACGAAGAAGAGCACCGCCUAUUGGAGAGUGAGCAAGGACAAUGUAUGGUGGGUGCUUUCCACCAGCAAGCAAAGGUUCAGACACAAAGACGUCAAGAACCUGAUCAUCACAGCCUUUAAAGCUAUGGUUGCGGUGAACGAAAUCGCCAGCACCGUCACGCUUGAGAUGCGCAGUUUGGCGCGCGCCUAUCCUGAGGCUUUGUCGAAGCGCGAUGGCCGCGGCAAAGUGGCAGCGCAACUGGCGGAGGGAAUGGCAUCAGAGGUUCCACCACCUGUGACUCCGGAUUCCAUGACUCGACUCUUUGGUACCUCUUGUCGUGCCGCGGGCCACGACAUGUUGCCGCAGCUGCUGUUGUCCACCCUGCGGGAAGCAUGCCAAGGGCCCUUUGAUUUUGCCUGGCUGCUGGAGAGGGCCGCGGAUUUUGGGCAGGAGGCGCCCACCUGGCAGAACGAACAGAAAACGCUGUGGAAGCAAGGGAAUGUCCCUCCACCUCUACAGCUCUUGGUGCCAGAGACGAUUUUGUUCCACGGUGACAAGCCACACUGCCUCUUUUUCACGGAUUGUGCUGGAUUUCUCCGCGCAUCUGUGAGAGCACUGAAGCAGCCCCAUGUGGUUUACCAGUGUAUGGAACAGAUCUUGAAGCAACGCAAGGACGCAGAGUACCGCGAGGAUCUCCCGGAGAGCCACUCGAGCCGUCGCGGCUCCCGCAGCAGCGAUGUGAGUGAUCUCAAAGCAGCGAUGCGGAAACCGCGCCACACGCUGAGCGUCAAACACACCCCAACCCUGCGGAAGACCUACUGGCGGAUGUGGGUCGGGAAAAAUCAUCCACAGCAACUGCCUGAAAGCGAUGUGGCAGAACGGUUGGCAGGAACCCGUGGAUUGGGCUGGCCUGCUGGGACCUCAUUGCUGCAAGCCUCUUUUUGGAAUGCUCCGAAAUUUAUCACCUAUGCCUACGAGGCGAUCCAGAGCGAAGCCAAGGGAGCAGUGCACACUCGCUUGGAAGACAUCAUCAACAAUCAUUUCGAACGCUUCACGUUCCUGGACUCCGUGCGCGAUCGCAACAAGAUCUCUGCGGUGCCCAAUUUGUUGGCGCAGCAUUUGGCAUACUUCUGCCACUUAGAGCUGCUCAGUGGCAAGUUCACCUUCUACAAGGAUCGCAAGAGCCAGCUGUGGCUGGUGGAUGCCACCGAUUUGCUGCUGAUUUCCAAUGUGGGGCCCCGUGGGUCCAAGUUGGGCGGUGGUGCUUCGGAUGCUUUGCCACAGAAGCUCUUUCGCUACUUGUCAGAGGAGGCCUUGCAAAACCUGCCUGUUAACGAGCAAGAUGGGCCAAAGCAUCAGCGAAUGUUUGAGUAUCCCAUUGGAAAGGCCAGCAAUAACAACUGGGGUCUGAUUAUGUUGAUGAUCUCCUACUAUCGCUCCAUGAAGCAGCAGUAUGGCGUGGAUCGGAUGUUGCAGAAGGUUCAACAGGAACUGGACACCAACGUGCCGGUGCUGGAGGGCACGGAUGUACAGGCCUUGCGCAAAACCUUUGAUCUCAGCUCGAAAAGUUCCUCCUCGUCCAAGUCUCCCCUUCGACACCUGCAGGUGCCCUCGAAGCGUCCGGGCGCCGCCAGCCACAGCUGUCGCUGGUACACCUCCGACGCCGCCGCUCAAGUGCGUGGCGCCCAAAGCGCGCGUGGCGGGCGUCAUGGGAAGCACAUGGCGGCCAUCGUGGCGCGGCAACGGCAACGGCAGGACUUUGAGGAGGACUCGGCAAAUUCUGAAGCCAGCCACCGUGGGAGCAAGAGCAGGACCCUUCCUGCAGAUCGAAAAGCCAUGAAGAUCGAAAUCGUCUCAACGGCCCUGGCCAACGACCUGCUGGAGGGCGCCGGCACAGGCGCCUGCCCCGAGGGCGCCACGAUGGAUCUGCUGAAGCCACAGAUCUGUCCGCCCGGCGAAGGGCUGCAGCAGACCUGGAAGAAUGCGGUGCCCUGCGCAAGGGCGGUGACCGUGCCUCCUGGAGCUGCUGGUGAAGCCAUGGCUCGCCUGAAGGAAGCAAUGAAAGCCGAAGAAGAAGCUGCCAUAAGAGAAUUUCAGGAACAGCUCUUUUCCAAGACGGAGCGAGAUGCCAGCACCAAAGAAAAUGGCAGCAGCAGCACGCCGCGCGGCUCGGGCCUGGCUGUUUUGGAGCGCAGGGGCUCGGACGCCAGCUCGGCGGCGCGCGUGCGCACACCGCAGGAACUGGUCGAUAUGCCCUUGAAGCAUCAUAUUUGCUUGGCAGAUUGCCUGAGUGUUCGCGACGUGUCGCGACGUUUCGCGGCGCAUCUUGAGCAGCGCGGGUCCAAUAUGGACAGUGAAGUGAAGAAAUUGCUGCAGGGCAGCAACCCUCGAGCCUUUGUGAAGUUGCCGGCCCCUGAGCCAGUGGCCGUCAUUUUUCCGGGCCUGCCCGGAAUCGAGUAUGUCGGGAUGCUGCGGGAUGUUCAUGAGAUCUCCUCUGUGAAGGAGUUGCUGAGCCAGGCCAAAGGACUUCUUGGAGUCGAUCUUCUGCAGGUCUGUCUCAAUGGGCCGCUAAGCACCCUUCAGGAGCUGACCUGCAGCCAUGCUGCCCUCUACGUGGCCUCAGUGGCAGCCUUGCUCAAGUUGCAGCAGGAGAAAUGUCCCGCCGGUAACUUCCAGGUCCUUGCUGGUCUCUCAGUAGGUGAGUACGCAGCACUUGCAGCUGCAGGUGUGUUUUCCUUCCAAGACGGCCUCAGUUUGGUGAUUCAAAGGGCCAAAGUUCUGUCUGACGCUGCCUCGGACCAGAUGAAUGCUUGCGGCCUGGUGAUCCUUGCUUUGUCAUCCGUUCAGAGCUUUGUCCCAGCCGCCUUCGGAAAGAGUGAGGCUCCACGUCACGAGGUUGGCGCAGCCAUGGCAGCACCAGUUGAACAGGUGGAAUCCAGCAUGGAGUCUUCUCCUUCCAUGAUGCCACUUGCCUUUGGCUUGACUGUUGGAUUGGCACUUGCUCUGCCCCAGCGUGUGUUGGCAGCAUCCACUGGCAAUGAGGAUGUGGGCACUCUGAUUGACCGUCUCUUCACCAAGGAGGCUCUUGGUGCCUUUGGCAUUGCCGGCCUGUCCUGGAACGUCUUCUACCUGCUCUUUGGACUCUCCGGCGCCGGUGUGAUCCUCUUCGCAGCCGUGCUGAGCUUCCUCCUGCCGCCUGCCAAGACCAUGGCCGAUGUGCCAAAGAAGUGA